AUGGAUGGCUUACUUGAGUCCAUAAAGGAUGCUGCAAAAUCGUCAAUUGGUGUCAUCAGACACAGGAAACGUAAUCGCAGCGACGAUGAUGAGGUGAAAAACUUAUCUAGCCAGCGUUACUUGUUGAGACAGCAGCUUAAUGAUAACCAGUCUUUAGACAGAACCUCACUUAGAUCAUCUAUUAACUGCCUCACCAAUCAGAUCAAGCAGAGACUUUCUAACAUACGAUCAGCUGCUGCUGAUGCUAUCUGUAAUACCAUCAGUUCAACAACAGAUAGUAAGAAAAUGUUUGAAGCUGUUCGAACCCUGAACUUACCUAAAAGUAAAGCCCCUUCUAGUAUUGGUGUUCAUGAUGAGCAAGGGUGCAAUAUUGCAACAGACACUGGUAAAGCUGCCGUAGUUGCUAAGUACCUUGAGCAACAACUUACUCGUGAUGAAGCACCUUUAGAACCUUUUGUAGGACCUCCUCGCCCACUAGUUAAGCCAUUCACUAGUGAAGAAAUCGGAUCAGCUGCUAGAAGUCUCAAAAAUGGUCGAGCUAACGGCCCAGAUGGGAUUCCUAAUGAGCUUCUCAAGUAUUCUACUGGAUCAGUACACAGACGUUUUGCAGACAUUAUCAAUAGAAGCUUCGAGACCAAUUCCUACCUUGACCCCAUUGGACAGGCAAACAUUACCCCCUUACAGAAGCCAAAUAAGCCCAUUGGUCCAGUGAAGAAUCUACGACCCCUCACUCUCUCAAAUGCUGUUAGAAAGAUUCUUUCAAUGGCAACCUUGAAGAGAAUUGAGAAUAAAGUCAAUGCCUUCACUGGUCCAUGGCAAUGUGCUUACAAGCAGGGUAGAUCAUGUGCUGACAUUGUAUGGUGCCAGCGUGUGAUGUUAUCAGUUGUCCAGAGGAAGAGGUGGGAAUACCAUCGUAUGGGGAUCGACAUGUCUAGUGCCUUUGACACUAUACGACGAUCUACCAUCCUCGAUCUUCUUGUUGAGUGUGGCUGUGAUGAUGACGAAGUCCGUUUGGUAAGACUUUUGCUUUCCAACACCAAGCUCAAAGUCAACAUCAACGGUACACUGUCUGCUGAAUUCCAGAGUUUUCUCGGUGCAUUCCAAGGUGACUGUCUGUCUGGAUGCUUGUUCACACUUGUCUUAGCGGGUUCCUUGCGUGACCUCCGUAACAGGCUUGAAACUGCAACGAAUAGGCCUAACCCACCUAUCACCGAUAUUGGUCUUCCACUUGACAGUGAGUAUGCUGAUGAUAUCGACUUCAAUGAUGAAGAUGAAGACAAUUUGAGGGAGCUGUUGCCUAUUGCAACAGAAGUCCUUAAAGAUUGGAAUCUCUUCGUUAACGAAGACAAAACUGAUUUCACUCAUGUGUACUUAGCUGAAAAGGGAGCUAAAGACGAUCAGGGUAAGCCAAUUGCAGGGAACGAGCUCUGGAGAAAGAGUAUCACGCUUGGCUCCAUGCUUUGUAGCAAGGAGGACAUCUCUAGAAGGAUAUGUCUGGGAUAUGCCGCGUUUAACAAAUACAAGAAAGCUUGGAACCAUAAGAUCCCUCUGAGCAAGAGGCUUCUGUUGUAUGAGGCUCUGCUAAAGUGGCUCGUAGUCGGUGGAGGAUGCUCGGACAUGUACUGCGUGGGCCUACAGAUGGCCCAGCCUAUUCGUCGCUUGUUUUUGCUGUCAACACCUUACAGCUUCAAGGGCGGCGUGGAAGAUCGCAGUCAAACCUUUUCUCACUGA